AAUGAGCGGCUACUGGUCGGUGAACCGGAUGCACGCGGAAGUCGACAGGGGAAUGUGAUGCUGAAUUAGAUAAGAGCUCAUACAAUGGUGUGUUUUGUUUUGUUUUUGUUUUGUUUUUGUUUGUUUGAAUGGAGUUUAUCCCCUUUACAACGCUAUCAUAAACAGAAAAGCAACGGACCGCUCCUUUAAGGGCAGAUUCAAAAAUAAAUAAAUAAUUUAAAGGGAAAAAAAAACAGCACACUUCCGGUGGAUAAAGACAAAACCAGAGAGAAAAGCAGCCCAGCUGUGAGAAGAGGGCGGCCCAUCGACGAGGUGAGGGGACUUGUUUCAGGACAGUGUCCAGCUAUCGUUGACACAGACGAGCUCAGAAGGCGCCUGCAGCAGACCGACAGACCACCAGUGACACUGAGCCAUGGUGAAAAUCAGUUUCCAGUCAGUCGCGGGACAGAAAGUGGAAAAGGAGAAUGAUGGCGACAAGACCGAAAUUCUCAUCCCUCACCCGAUGGAUGAGGAGGAGCUGGUCCUGCCGCUGCGGCCCAAGAAGUCUCUUCUCAACGGCCUGUGCUGCCUGACAUUUGGUCUGGUUGUGUUUAUGGCCGGUCUGGUCCUUGCCUCCAUCUAUGUCUACCGCUACUACUUUAUACCUCAUAUCCCACAGGACAACCAGUUCCACUGCCAGGUGAUUUAUGAAGACUCUGUGUUCGCUCGGCUGCGUGGCCCUCAGGAGCUGGAGGAAAAUGUCGGCAUCUACUUGGCCGAAAACUAUGAGAAGAUCACUGUGCCCGUGCCUCACUUUGGAGGCAGCGACCCUGCUGACAUAAUCCAUGACUUCCACAGAGGACUGACCGCCUACCAUGACAUUGCUCUGGACAAGUGCUACGUUAUUGAGCUCAACACCACCAUCGUGAUGCCUCCACGCAACCUUUGGGAGCUUCUUAUUAACGUCAAGAAGGGAACAUACUUGCCUCAGACCUACAUUAUCCAUGAAGAAAUGGUGGUGACUGGCCGAGUGCACAACAUGCGUCAGCUGGGACCGUUCAUCUACCGCCUGUGCAACGGGAAGGACACGUACCGCCUGAACCGUCGUGUCACCCGCAGACGCAUCAACAAGCGCGAGGCGGAGGACUGCCACCACAUCCGUCACUUUGAGAAUACAUUUGUGGUGGAGACUGUUAUCUGCGAUGAAGCGUAGACACGACAGUGGCACAUCCCCAGUCACUACCCCAGCCACUGUAGCACCCUCCGGUGGAUCAGAUCAUGUCUGAGUUGCACUUUACUUGAGAUUUUGAUUUGAUGUCCUUUGUUAAAGAUUUUUUAAAAUUUCACUGCCUGCCUGUUUUCUUUUUUUUUUUUUUCAGUUUCCCAUAGGUGAAAAUUUACCCUUAAGUGUGAUGCAAUACUAAACUGUUGGUUCUGUGACAGGAUUUUCCAUGUAGCAAAGUCCUUAAACCAAUAAUGAAUUAUAAUUUCAAGACCUCUCCUCCUUGCUCUUUGGGGAUUUGUACGAUGGUUACUGUCGUUGGGAGGUGACAGUUGUUUUUUUGUUUGUUUUUUUUCUCCUGCCCUGGGGGUUACUUUGUGUCUCUCAGCACUGCUAACACGGUCAUCUACACAAAGCAUGAAGCCUUGCUUUCCUGAGCAAACAUUAUCCAUAGAUUUCAAUUUUUUUUUUUUUCUCUCAUGUUCUUAGUAAUGUAAACAUGUAACUACUGAUGACUAGUUGCUUGCUAGCAUCUUAAUCCUGUUGCCUGUUGCUUCCUUGCCCCCUUUCUGCCUUUCCUUUUCCUAAAAAGCAUCAAUUCAACGUAGAGCUGCACUUUUUUGUAUAAUAUUCCAUCAUAAUUGGAACUAGUGAAGACCCAUCAUUUAUUUUUGAUGCUCUCAUUUGUUUUUUUGUUUUUUUUGUUUUUAUUAUAAUUUUUUUUGCUCUUCAAAAUCUCCUUAUCACUGCGUUUGUGAAUCAUUUUACAAUAAUGUCUUUGCUUUUCCUUGCAUGUGUUUAUCUAUAAGAGAAAAACAGCACUGUUAGAAUGUUUUGUAAACCAAUGUUUAAAGCCUUAGUCCAGAGUCACAGACUGGAUUAAAGUCAAUACCACUGAAAGGGAGCAUAUAAUAUGAUAUGUUAGUUAAAAAACAAACAAACUCUGAUCUGUAUAAUUUGUCUGCCGAUGAAAUCUGUCUGUGAAUAAAGUAGUGAAAAAAAUGUGGUAUCUGUUAAGGCUUUAUUUAAUCUAUGACCACAAAACCUUUGGAAAAAUGACCCAAUGACAUAAUUCUGCUGUAAGAUGUUUUAAAUACAAUAUGUAUUAAUGUUCCUAAUUUAUACAAAACAUGUUUAUUUGCUCAUAUAAUUUCAGAUGUAUGGAUCAUCAAGUUUGUUUUUUGAAGUAGCAAGCCAGGUAAAUAGAAAUAUUCAAUGCAGAUGUAAUAUUAUUAGAACUAAACCACAGGCAUUUGGCAUCAUUAGUAAAAAAUCUACGGGCGCAGUUAACAUUAAUUGUGGCAGCUACAUGUUGAAAGGCUUCAGUGCCACCAACUAGACAUGAUAACAGCAGUAUGUUCCUCACACUAGUGGCACUGAUUAAUUUAGCAUUUUAAUCAGAGAAAUAUCAAUGUUUUUCCUGGGUUUUUAUUUAUUAUG